CAUUGGCAAAACAAAAAGGAGUUCGUUCAUAGCGCCUAGGCAAAUGAAACGAACAAGGCAUCCAAAGUUUUCAACAUCAGCAAGCAGAACCCCAUAUUACGCGAGUAUAGCCAGCACCCCAUUGCAGCCAUGGCUCCAACCCGGUGGUCGUUACGAGGACAGAGGUGCAAGCGAAUUUCUUCCAGCCGAAAAUGAGGUCGUCAAUGUUGAGAAUGGAACCAAGCGGGAAAAGCAAAAUGACUCGAAAAGUUUCGCAACAGCUGGACAUGCCACUAUCAAAAUCAAACCAAUUCUGCUCCUGCAACAUCCAACCGCAAAUGGCGCAUCGCUUCGCUGGGUCGGGACUGCAUCGAAUAUUUGGCGGAAAUCAACACUCCUGCCCACCUCGGUCAGGGCUAUCAACGUCCCUCGAAACGAUACAGACACCCAACCCGAUUGUACGCACAUCGGCCACUUCCAAAAACAAACCAUCCUCAACGCUUUCCAACUUUUGCUGAGACCACCACAAUUCUGUCAAUGAAAUGAACUGCAUACUGCAUAGUGAUUCUGUCUAAGGAAACUAUCGGACUCAACACGAACCCUGUAUCGACCAAUGAGCGAAGGAGCAGUUUCAAGUCUAUGUUCAGCCUUGCCAGCUUAUCCCACUUUACUGAGGAGAAGUAAAAAAUAAAUUAAUCGAGGAGUUAACUCCAAAACCUGCAAGCUAACUGGAAUCAUCAAUCAAUGUGCUGAAAGGCAGAUACAUCCGAAUGCUUUACUUCGUAAGCAUUUACUGCUGUUUCCUUCGAGUGUGCUUGAUGUCUUACUAGGUCUCACGCAUGUCCUCGGUAAAAGCCCGAAUACAUACAGACGUAAAUACUUCAACAUGCGAAAGCCUCUCUUUAAUUCAUAUUGCGCUAAACGUAUCAUCGGUCAUACAAUAAGCAUAAACUAGACAAUAACAAUUUGUAGACUUUAGGAACCUUUGGAUUUCUGUUUACAAUAGACGCACGUGUCCUUAUAUUUGCAAAGCAAUCAAUAUGAACUACAUCUUUGUUUGAUCAAGCUAAUAAAGUUGCAGUUAGAAAUGUUAUUGGCCGUCGUCGCCAAUCAAUAUUUAUCUCGCGGCUGGUGUGUGUUCUUUCGUUAAAGACGUUUCAAUAAAAAACUUGCCAAUUUGAA